UGAAACUCGGCAUCUUUGGUUUCACAACAGGGCGGAAAAACCAUCCUGACGUCCAAUGGGAUUGCACGCCGCUGCGUCACGUGGUCUUCAUUUUAUGUAAUGUAAUGGUACUCGGUAACCCAGCUUUGUGGCUUUGGAGACGUCUCUGCAUGGGUUAAAAGCGGACACGGAGUACUGAAAAAGAAAGAAUAUUAAUGUGCAAUUAUUCCCGUGUGCUUCGUGCGGCUGUUUUAUGGAGUUUGGAGCCGGAGGUUGAAAGCGCAUUCAACUGGGAGCUUUUUUUUUUUUCUUCUUCCAUGUAACCUAAAGGGAAUGCGUCCCAAACCAAGUCUAAGUUAGUGCUGGAAAUAGAUAAAUUUUACACGAAGAGGACAUUUGUGAGGAGAGCUGAAUUUUGCAGCUGCCCUGCGAGACAGAAACCGGUUCGGGUCCGAGCAGAGGUGAUUAAAGAAGGGGACUCGAUCACUGUGUCGUUAGGUGUCACUGUUAUUUAAAUGUCCGUGCAAUACUGUCUCACUGUAAAGCCUCUCCGUCCGCUUUGCUUUGCAACAUUUUUUUUUUCUCUCCCGGUGUGGGACGUUUUUCUGGUGAUAUAACCCGUCCACCAUGGAUCUGCUGGAGUGUCCGCUCUGUCUCUUUCUGAUGUGCGAGCCGGUGACCAUGUCGUGCGGUCACACUUUCUGCAGGAGGUGCGUGGGGGGUUACCUCCCGUCCAAAUGCCCCCUGUGCAAAGAGAGACUAAAACAAAGAGAGGUGAAAAGCAUGAAGAAUAACGUCUUGCUCAUCAGCGUCGUUGAGAAGUGCCGACCCGACGAGACAAAGAUGAAGUGCCACAUACUGGAGAAGCUCAAAACCGACGAGUUCACGGAAGCUUUACGCAUCGCAGACGAGGGGCUGGACAUAGUCCCAGAUGAUCAGAGUUUGAAGGUGUACAGAGCUGAAGCCAACUUCGGAAUGAUGCGUUUCUCCGACGCUCUAUCAGACCUCGACUACCUCUGCCGCCUUCGUCCUAACUGGACUGAGGGCUUCUUUCGAAAAGGGAAUGUACUGCUGGAAAUGGGUCAGCAGACAGAAGCUCUCAUCCAGUUCCACCGUUGCCUAAAUUUACAAGCUGACUUUGUUCCUGCCAAGAGCCAGAUCAAGAAGAUUCUGGAGGAAGGCGGUGUGGCGGUGCCAGAUGAGGUGCCCUGCAUUUUGCAAGUGGUGUCCGAGUACCUGAAAGAGCCCUGUCCCAUUACCAGCCUCAGCGGCUCCCAGGGCCCGACUCGCCCUGAGGUCCUCAAACGCCCCCCGCAUGGGGAUGAGGGAGAGGGAAAAGGGAAUAGAGAGGCACAUCAGGGCUCCAAGGUGAAGCAUGACUCGGGUACCGAAUGCUGCCUCAGCCUCUGCCAGGCCGUUUCCUUCCUCCCUGCUGCUGAAGAGGACGAGGAGAUGAUGAUGAGGAAGGAAGAUGGGCAUGGGAAGGAUGAAAGUAGUCACUGCAGGGCGAAAACUCUGGGCGUUCUCACUGUGUCAGACUUUGAGUGUCCUCUCUGCAUUAGGUUGUUUUUCGAACCAGUCACUACUCCCUGUGGGCACACCUUCUGUAAAAACUGCAUAGAGAGGAGUCUGGAUCACAACCUCCGCUGUCCACUUUGCAAACAGCCACUACAAGAGUUCUUUAAAAACAGGAAGUACAACCCCACGGCUCUGCUCCAGGACAUCAUGACCCAACUUUUCCCCUCGCAGCUGGCUGAGAGGAAACAGGUCCAUGAUGCUGAGAUGGCUGAACUGUCCAAUCUCACUAAGGACAUCCCCAUAUUCGUUUGCACGGUGGCCUACCCUGGAGUGCCGUGCCCUCUGCACAUCUUUGAGCCUCGAUAUCGGCUGAUGAUGCGCCGCUGCAUGGAGACAGGCACUAAGAAGUUUGGCAUGUGCAGCUAUGAGCAUGGAAAGAGGUUUGCAGACUACGGCUGCAUGUUAGAGAUCCACACUUUGGAGCUGCUGCCUGAUGGACGGUCCUAUGUGGACACAGUGGGAGGCAGCAGAUUCAGAGUGCUUAAAAGAGGCCAGAGAGAUGGCUACCACACCGCUGACAUAGAGUACUUGGAGGACCUCAAGGUCGAUGGUAGUGAAUUGGAGGUUUUGCAGCAUCUCCAUGACAGUGUGUACCAGCAGGCUCAGGACUGGUACCAGCGUCUUGGCAGCCGCAUUCGUGAGCAAAUCAACAGGCAGUACGGCACAAUGCCAGAUAAGGAGGAAAACAUUCAGGCCUCGUCCAACGGUCCUGCCUGGUGCUGGUGGCUGCUCUCUGUCCUCCAGCUGGACCCAGCCUAUCAAACCACCGUCCUGUCCCUGACGUCACUCAAAGACCGCUUGGGACACGUCCGCCUCGUUCUUGAAUACUUCUCUCAGAGUUAGAACCCGCAGCACAGUGGCAUCGUGGCCGCAACCAUCUGAGAGUCAAACAUUGCACACACACACAUACGAAUGGAGUGAAAUCAAAGAAUUCCCUCACAGCACAGAGGUUGGGUUUUUGAAAUCUGGUGGUCCAUGGAGGGACUGUUAAAAGUCACAGCUCAGGGCCAAAUCAUUUGGUCAAUGGCAGAAAGAGAGUAAUUUUCUUACUUAACACGGUGCAGUAGUACCGAGUCAGGUUUAAGUUGUUUGAGUUUGCGUAUGUUUUCUUAAUGACAUUUUUCUUCCCUGGGAAUUUCAGAACGCACAUUGUUCUUGCUUUAAAAGUAAGAACUCCAGGGUUGACCAAAGAUUUGUCUGUUAUUUAAGGUCCAUAAAAAAGUGGUAAAUUAUUAUUUGCAGAUAAAUCAAUUUUCCUAAUGAUAUAGCUGAAAAUAGACACUAGGUGUCACUGUCCUGAUGAUGAACAUGCAACAGCAGUAUACUAGUACUGUCAUGAGUCGCUUAUUAAAAUCAAACUGUUUGCAUCAACAUAGCCACGUUUGGAGUGCGGCUAAACAUUAAUAGCAGAAUGUUUUAGGAUCAUGCACAUCAGGGGAUUUAAUUAAGGUUCAUGUUUUGCAGGUAAUCAUUUUGAAUACAUGGAUAUAGCUGAAGGACACUACUGCUGUAUUACACUACAUGUUGUAUCUAUUGGCCUUAACAGCCAUUGACGGUGGCUCAUUUUAUGCUAUUGAAUAUUCCUAAAAGAUCCCUGUUUACUAUUGGUAUUAUUUGCAAUAAUAAUUUAUAGUGUCACAUGGAAUAGCAGCAGCAGCUGGAUGCUUUUUCUUUUUUCCUAAACGAAUGAAAGCUGCUGAUGUUCUGCUGUAUUUGGAUCCUGCUUGUUCUCAUCUGACAGGAAAAGAAAGUCUGUGAAGUCAUAACAACGAGAAUAGGCUGUCAGUGAACGGGAGAUGGAGGCAGUACUAGCUUUGUAUAACAAUAUGAACCUGCGUGAUUAUGUAUGUUGAUGGUGAGGUAUUGAUGCAGCACUUUAUGUAUGUGUGCCAGCUGUAAAUGUGUCAUUUUUCUGUGAGCUGCCAUCUGUGUUAGCAGGUUUUGUUUUCUUUUGUUUUUAAUUUAAAUUACAUAUGAUGCUGUGAAGUGAUGCAUCAAUCCAAGGAGACAGUGUUUAACAUCUCUUGUGCGAGGAUAAACUCCUCCAGAUUAAGCUAGAGCCUGACUAGGGCUAAGUCCCCGUGCGGUGCCUCUGUGUCGGACUUAUCACCUCUGUCUGGCCCCUCUACCACCGGCCCGUUAUUGUGCCUUUGAGUGCCUGGGCCAGCUCACGAGACGACCUGCGAGUCUCUACACCACAUCAAGGAUGGAGCUUUAUUCCAUGGAAUGUUGAAGCUGCAAUGUUAUGUUAAAUUAACUUACAAAUACGGCUCAGACUGGGUUUUGUUUUUCAACUUUGAUAAACGUGCCAUAGAUAUUUCUGUGUUUUAUGGGUAAUAGUCAGCUGAAGUUCACUUUAGACUAACUUCAUAGACUCUGAAGUUAAUCUUCAGUGCCUUUUUUUUAUGGUGGACGGUAAACUACAAUCUCUUUGUGGCCAACAUAUCACUUUAAAAACAGUGAGAAUCAGUCCAGAAAACAUUCUUCUAGAUAGAGUUCGUACACCACAGAACUGCAGCCCUGUUAACCUGAUAUUGUAAAUAUAGUUUAGACAUAAAGGGGGUAAUCAUGACACUUGAUAUGGCCCUCCAAAAAAAGUCCAACAAAAGGAUGAUUCAGUGGAUGGAUUGGUGGAUAGUGGGGCAGCAUUUGGUUACCUGAUAAACAGGCACAGAACUCCCUCACUAAGCCUUUACUCAAGGGCAACCGUUUUUUCCAUUUCUUAAAAAAUGUUUUCUGUAAUUUGAGUUUAGAGUAAAAGACUUGAAUGUGCCACCUAUCACAGCAUGUCUCCAAAGCUAGUAGUGCUGAUUUGACUGCCUGACUGAAGAUUACAUACCUUUUAAAGGUUUUUUUUUUUUUGCUACCGAUUAUGAUGAAAGCUCACUCAAAACAAAAAAGGGACUGAGAUUCUGAGAAUCUUUGAAUGACCUGCCUCAUAAACCUUUGUGAUAAACACAUGGUCCAUGGCAGCUGAGGUGAAUUUCACUCCUUUGCUACUUCUUAUCAGGGAAGUAUUAUUUUUGUACAGCGAAAUCAUUUUGUGUUUGCUUUCAGAUGCCCUCUCACACUAUUGUUUCUCUCUUUUUCAAAUCAUGGAUAUUUUUGUGUGUCACUUUUAUCAAGACGCCACCGUUCACAUCACAAACAGAACUUAGUACAUACUCACCAACGUGUGAUUAAACGCUCAAUAUAUUUGAAAGAUAAACUAUUGCACCCCCCUUAUUUUGAACUCAACUCUAGCUUUAAUUUGCCUAUAAACUUUUAAUAGGUUCGACUUUGAUGCCGCUAAUGCACCACAGCACAGUCGUAAUUUUCCAUCUGAUUUAGGCUGUAGCUUUUGCCCUGGCAGAUAUCCUUUAGCCAUAGUUGCACUGCGAUCAGAAAAUGUCCUCUAACACAGUGAAAAACAAUUUGCACUGAAUCCACAUUGUUAUAAGUGAUCAGCUCUUGGUGGCAAUGCAGCGUGAGAAGAGUCUAGACUUUUUUGUAUUUUGGAAAGGCAGCAUGAUGGCGUGUUCUUGCUAGGUGUUGCAGCUUGCAGGAAAUUUUGGUUGAUGUGGUCUGAUGGUCAGUGGUCUGUGGUCUGCAUGAACUACUCAUAUGUGUUGUUAUUCUCUACAGUCUGCGCUCAAAUACCUCAAUGCUAGUAUUGAGUAUAUUUAAAACCAACUGAAACGAAAGCAAUUUCUGUCCCAUUGAUUUGUAUUCAUUCCUCCACCUCCAAGCCAAGAACAACAAAAUAUCUUCAUCUGAUCAUUUUUCAUUUGCUUGCUGUCCCGGAUGACAUUUUCAAUGUUGUUGUAAAUAAAGCUUUUCAAAGCACA